AUGUCUUCGUUCUUUGACGCCCUGUUCUUCUGGCUCGUCAUUGCGAUCGUCAGCCUACCUAUUGCCUCGUCUCUGACGUGCUUCUGCGGUGGCAACUGUCCGGACAAUCGUCAGAACGGCACGUGCGAAACUCGCAAAGGCGGCUACUGUUUCAACGCCGUGAAGGACAUAUGGGCGGAAUCGCAAGAAAAACUCGACCUGGAGUAUUCCUAUGGGAGUUUACAGUGGGGUGUCCAGGGCUACAUGCAGUACAAGGGCUACAUCUUACCACACUACAAGACGAACAGUAUUGUCUGCUGCCAAGGAGAUCUCUGCAACAAGGAAGCCGUUCCAGUCCCCAACAUCGAGCCUACGGGAAUUAAAGAGUUUUUACCAGCGCCAAAGCCAAAAUUACUACCGACGCUAGUAGUGACAGAGUGGAAGGGACUGUUUGAAGGAAACGUUUUGUUAAUCGUCGCCGUAGUAGUCGUCAACCUCUUGACCCUGCUCAUCCUGCUCUUCAUAUUUGUGCUCUAUGUUGUUCGCAAUUGGGGAAAUCGCAAGGCCAAACCACGAGUUUCAAUGGGCAUUGAAGAAACGAGCGAAGGAUCCGAGUCACCGCUUUUUUUUAUUCAAAGCAAAGGAGUAAAGCUUGCGGUUGCGCAUGUUCCAGUACAUGGUGUAAGAAUCGGAUUUUGA